ACCAUGUCACCGCGUGAAAUCAUGUUAAAAUGACACUUAAACUGUGUCGCAUGCAUUAAAACAGGUAUUGAGGAAACAACACAGCGUAAUAAUUGCAUCAACAUUUAUUAAGAACAUUGAGAAUGUACCAACGUCUUUUCAUUACAGCUUUGCAGUCGCUUUUGACGAAUCUGCUGGAAUGGGACGUAAAAUGGCUCACAUGCACGCGCACAUCCCCAGUUAACAUGAUCCCCAGCUGAUCCAUCACACCGGUAAUUCUGGGAGGUAUACAUGUGAUCAUAUGAGCUCAUGUAAUUGCGUUAAAUUAAACGUUCGACCGUUUAAACGCGGAAGAACAGAUGACAUAAUCAAAGGGAACUUCAGGGAUCAGUUUCAUUUGUCCCGAGCACUUUGUCAGAAUGGCUGGAGGAAAGUGUGACUCUGAUAAUAAUCAAGAUUCUUCUGACGACGGCGUGGAAGAAAAUUGUAUUUUCUGUAAAAUCGCAAACAGAGACGAUCCAUCCACUGAGAUAUUGGCGGAAGAUGAGGACAUUGUUUGCUUCCAGGACAUUGAUCCAGGUGCACCUCAUCAUUACCUGGUUAUACCAAAGAAACAUGUCCAUAGCUGUUUGUCACUCCAAGCUGAUGAUAUAAAUCUAGUGAAGAAGAUGGCAGAUAUGGGAAGAGAUGUACUGAAAGCCAAGAAUGUCACAAAUUUGGAAGACAUCAGGUUUCCAUGUGCCUCCUUAUAUCACUGUUCCCCACCUGCACCUCCAUGUUCUAGCACCUUUCAGCCAAUUGUUUAA